AGUCCAACCACACGUUGUGUCAGCAACUAUUUUCUUUCUGACCCUCACUAGAACCUUCACCAUGACUCAGUGGGUUCGAGUUCUCUCCGCACUGAUGCUCUGUCUCCACAGCACAAACGCGGAUCCCGUCCUGACUCAACCGGGAUCCAUCUCAACCUCCCCGGAGAAAACCGUCAAGAUCACCUGUACCAUGUCCGGAGGCAGCAUUGGCAGCUACUACACGAGCUGGUACUGGCAGAAACCCGGCAGUGCCCCUGUAUUGGUCUGGGACGAGAACGAUAAUACAGCUUCGGGUAUUCCAGAUCGAUUUACCGGGGCUGUGGAAUCAUCGACUAACACGAUGCAUUUAACAAUUACCAACGUGAAAUCGGAGGACGCCGCCGAUUAUUACUGUGCUGUAGCUGAGAGUGGAAUAGUGACCUUCGGGAGAGGAACCAAGCUGAACCUGGACAAUCCACGGGUCCCCUCCGUCUCCCUCCUUCCGCCUUCAUCGGAUCAAAUCACAGCGAAGAACAAGGCGACCCUGGUGUGUUUGGUGAGCGGUUUUAACCCUGGAGCUGUGGAGAUUGAAUGGACUGUGGAUGGCAGUGUCAGGGGCAAUGGGGUUGAGACCAGUCGGAUCCAGCAGGAGAGGGACAACACGUUCAGUGUGAGCAGUUAUCUGACUCUGUCAGCCUCAGACUGGGACUCACACGAGCUUUACUCCUGUCUGGUUAAACACGAAACUCAGGCAAACCCGUUCCGAUCAAGCAUCUCAAGAUCCAGCUGUGUGUGAUUCAAACAUGUUUUGAGCUGAUUUGUUAUGCCAGUAGUGUAGUUUUAACAAGUGCUGUAAAGUGGAACAUUUUAAAUCAAUACAAGUUGCAGUUUGUUGGCUCGGUCUCGCUGUCUGUAUUUUACAAUGUGUCCGCUCUGAACUGAUCAAAGUUUCAGUGUAAUGUUGCAAAUACUCGCAGUGUAAUAAAGUGACUUCCGUUA